GCCUUCCUCGGCUGGCAGAUGUCUCUCAGUUGGUGUGGGGGAUGCUGUGGCAGGAGAUCGUGAAGCGUUGCUUUUUCCUGGGCGCUGUCAUCUUGGGUAUAGCUAAGGUAUAGUGAGUCGAGGAAGACCCAGGGAAGGAAUCUCCUUGAGCAGUUUCCAUUAUCCAAGUGGAUUUUGUUGGUUGGAAUACAGAUUGAAAACUUGAAAGCAGUAUGCUUUGCCUUCUGAAACUGAUUGUGAUUCCAGCGAUUCUGGGUGAUUCUUGGGGCCUGGCUGACAUGACUGUCUCCACUGAGCUGAGAGUGCAUAUGGGUGAUUCAGCCUUCAUGGGAUGUGUUGUCCAGAGCACAGAAGAGAAACAUGUGGUCAAAGUAGACUGGAUACUCUCAAACGGGAAAUAUGCUGAGAAUGAAUACGUGCUAUACUAUUACUCCAACCUUAGCGUGCCUACGGGACGCUUCCAGAACCGUUCACAUUUGGUGGGGGACAUCUCACGAAAUGACGGUUCUCUCCUGCUCCAAAAUGUGCAAGAGGCUGACCAGGGGACCUACACUUGUGAAAUCCGCCGCAAAAGUGAGAGCGUGGUGUUUAAAAAGUCCGUGGAACUGCGUGUGCUGCCAGAGGAGCCUAAAGAGCUCACCGUCCAUGUAGGCGAUUCAACUCCGAUGGGAUGUUUUUUCCAGAGCACAAAAGAGAAACAUGUGACCAAGGUGGACUGGAUGUUUUCUUCUGGAAAGCAUGCCAAGGAGGAGGUUGUCUGGCGCUAUGACUUCAACAGCUAUGACUUCAAGGAGCGUAGUGGGUUCUUCCAGAACCAGGGCCGCUUCCGAAACCGGGUAAACCUGGUGGGCGACAUCUCCCGAAAUGACGGCUCUAUCAUGCUUCAGACAGUGAAGGAGUCCGACCAAGGAGUCUACACCUGCCGCAUCUACCUGGGCAAUCUGGAGUCCAGGAAAACCAUUGAGCUGCGUGUGAUCCAGGAGAGAUCUCAAAUGUCAAUUUCAACAACUCCUCGACCCAGGACUAAUCAGCCGACGAUCCUGGAUGGGAAUCAGCUGGUGAUAAUUGUGGGGAUUCUCUGUGCCACCUUCUUGCUGCUCCCUGUUUUGAUACUGAUUGUGAAGAAAACCCAGUGGAAUAAGAGUUCAGUGAAUUCUACACCUUCCUUGAAGAACCUGGAGAGCAAAGAGAAAGCUAAUCCAGAGAAACAUGUCUACUCCUCAAUAACUACAUGGGAGGCGAUGGAUGAAGGACCAAGUGGACAAUCAGAGGCCACCUACAUGACCAUGCACCCAGUGUGGCCCUCUUCCCCCAAAGCACCCAGUUUGGCCCUCUCUCCAGUCAGAUCCAAAUAAUCCAGUUGGGAAAAAAAAGUCAGCUUUGGGAAUUCCUCAAAAC